AGAAGCGUAUCGCCUUCAUGGCCGUCUGUUUACAGAGGCGUUUUGCUCGCUCCGUCUGCCGGUGUGCUCUGCAGAGAACCUGCGCGGGUUUUUAAUGGAUAUUACAAGAGGAAGCCUGGAUGACAUUUCAAGGCCAGCAUCUAGCUCAAGAAUUAAUCAUGGGAGCAAAGUUUUAAGCACAUCCUUAGAGAUUUUAACACCAGCGCCAAGCCUGCCUAAGGUUGCUUUUUAUAAUGAUCACAAAGAACAUGAGUCAAAAGAAAAUUAUGAUGAAAAUAGAGAGGAAUAUGGAACCAAAAAAAUGAGAACGGAAGUAAUAUCUGAAGAAAAAAUGAAUAGUAGUUUCCAGCUGGUAAUACAGAGUACAAAUCAGGUAAAAGAAUAUUCCUCGAGCUCAGCAGAUUCUGAAGAUGACUGUGCUGAAAACAGAUGGUCUUGUUGCAGCAGUGCUCCUCAGAAUGAACUAGCCAGAUUAGCAAAAGUGACAGUCAGUUCUGCAUGCCUGCAAGACUCCAAGGAGAAAGAUGUAGAUCCUCGCAUCCUGAAAGCUAUAAAGAAGAUGGAAAGGUUGGACCAGAUAUUGGCCAACAAACAAUCUCAAGAAAGGGCAAUUAAAAAACAAGGCAGGGAAAUGAGAACUAAACUGUGGGAAGAUUUUCAGUCUAUGACAUCUCGAAGUUCUUCCGUGGUUACCGAAGAAGCAGAAAACACCAGCAGAUUUUUAGCUUUGAGCACACCGUCACCGGAAAUGCCUGACUCUCCUGCUGCUGAAGAAGAUGAAAUGUUUGUUAGCGUAUUUCACACACAGAUUCAUCCAGAAAAUUAUGGGAAUAAUAGUAGACAAACCAAGCAAGGUGAUGAUAGAACAAGAAGCUCAAUAAAGAAAAUGGAAAAGAUGACUAAGAAAAGUGAAACAAGCAGUAAAAAAACUGAUUUUGUGAAAAAGAACAUAGAGCUAGCCAAGGAUUCAGUAAACCAAGUAGUUAUGCCAGAGGAAGAUAAGAAGAGGCUGGAAGAAUUGCUGAAAGAUACUGAAGAUGAGAGCAGUGAACUUCAAGUCACUAAGGAAGAAGCAACUACAAUGCUAGCACCAGGUGAAGGUUACACACCUGAGCCAUUGGAAUACCAUCACCUCACAGAAAUCAAUGCCAAACUCAAACUAGUAAUCUCUGAUGGAAAUUUAUCUGCAGAUCAGAACUCCUGUUCAAUAGUCUCUAAACAGAUUUAUCAGGAUUCUUUGGCUUAUGCAAAUAGAAAGCUGGAAACAAUUCCAGGUGAAAAGGUUUUAAGAGACACGAAAGAAGAACGAGAUCAGCAUAACCGGCUUAAGGAGAUUGACCAGCAGCUGAAAAACCUGGAAGGGACUCCAGAUGUACUGCCUUGUCUCUCAGAAGAGCAGCUUAAUGCCCUUCUGGAGGAAUGUAUGCAAACCCCAAGAAGAGUAAACAGUCUUACCUUGCCAAAAUCUCAGGGAUCCUUUCUUGAACGAACAAGUCUCUGUUGCGACACAGCUAAAGACAUCAUUCCAUCAGAUGAUGCCCAAAGUGUGGAAAAGCUGGCAAACCCAGAAAUGAUGGAUGCUCAAGAUAAUGAUACAUGUUCAAAGGAAAUGAUGGAAACCUUUGACUGUAAUCUCAGCAGAGCAUUGGAUGAAUCUCACCUGUUAGAGAAAAAAGAAAAUGAGAAUCAAGAAAGCCAAGAGGAGGAGAUUGUGCAUGCCAGUAGCUCUGAGGACUACUUCAUGUCAAUAGCCCUUAGCACAGACAGGCUGAAAAAACCUUCUUUUCUUGAUGAACCUUUUUAUUGUAUCAGCCCGAACAAUGAGCCAUCCACAGAUGUCAACAUUCCUAGCAUACCAUUGAAAACCAGAGGAGGUGAGGUUCUUAAUAAACUGUUGGAAUAGG